CGGCCAUGCUGGGUGGGGGUGGGCUUGCAGCCAGGAGACGUCACCGCGCAUCCGGGUCUCGGGUCUCCGCUCUCUUCUCGGUCUCCGUCUCUUCGCGUCCCCCAUGGCCGCCCCGCUCAAGGACGGGAAGCUACCCACGACGGAGCGGGCGGUGAAGGCGGUGCCGUUCCCCCCUUCACGCUGCCUCUCCGCGCGGGAGCUCUUUGAUGAGGCGACCUCGGCCCCACGCCUGGAGGUGCUGCGCUCGCACCUCCUGCGCGAGGGCCGCGUGGAGGAGGAGGCGGCCAUCCUCAUCCUCAAGCGCGGGGCCGAUGUGCUCCGCGCGGAGCCCACGGUGCUCGACAUCGCCGCCCCGCUCACUGUGUGUGGAGAUGUCCAUGGGCAGUUCUAUGACCUAAUGAAGUUGUUUGAGGUGGGAGGCUCCCCGGCUCAGACGCGGUACCUGUUCCUGGGAGACUACGUGGACCGUGGAUACUUUAGCAUCGAGUGCGUGCUGUAUCUCUGGGCGCUGAAGAUUCUCUACCCUGGAAGCCUCUUUCUGCUCCGCGGGAACCACGAGUGUCGCCACCUCACAGAGUACUUCACCUUCAAGCAAGAGUGCCGUAUCAAGUAUUCUGACCGCGUGUACGAUGCCUGCAUGGAGGCGUUUGACUGCCUCCCGCUGGCGGCGGUGAUGAAUCAGCAGUUCCUCUGCGUCCACGGGGGGCUCUCCCCGGAGCUCCACACCCUCGACCAGAUCCGCAGGCUGGACAGGUUCCGAGAGCCUCCGGCCUACGGCCCGGUCUGCGACCUCCUGUGGUCGGAUCCCCUCGAGGACUUUGGGAGCGAGAAGACCCAGGAGCAUUUCACCUACAACAGCGUGCGUGGGUGCUCCUACUUCUACAGCUACCCGGCCGUGUGCGAGUUCCUGCAGAACAACGGACUCCUGUGCGUGAUCCGUGCCCAUGAAGCACAAGAUGCAGGAUACCGGAUGUACCGUAAGAGUCAGACAACCGGAUUUCCGUCUCUCAUUACCAUCUUCUCCGCUCCCAACUACCUCGAUGUCUACAACAACAAGGCGGCUAUCCUCAAGUAUGAGAACAACGUGAUGAAUAUUCGCCAGUUCAAUUGCUCGCCGCACCCGUAUUGGCUGCCCAACUUCAUGGACGUUUUCACGUGGUCCCUGCCAUUCGUGGGAGAAAAGGUCACGGAGAUGUUGGUGAACGUGUUGAAUAUCUGCUCGGACCACGAGCUGGAGGCAGAGGGAGAUGAGAUUGACGGGGCCUCCGCGGCUGCAAGGAAGGAAGUCAUUCGCAACAAAAUCCGCGCCAUCGGCAAGAUGGCGAAAAUCUUCUCUGUGCUGAGGGAGGAGAGUGAAACAGUUCUGGCUCUCAAGGGUCUCGCGCCAUCAGGAAUGCUGCCCAGCGGCCUCCUGUCCGGAGACAGGGAGAUGCUGCAGAACGCCGCCAUGGAAGCUUCCGGUGGUGGAAAAGACGCCGGGGGGGUCCCUGGCUCCGUGUCGGGGGGCGGGGGCCGUGGCUUCUGCACGAGGAUCAGCUCCUUCGAGGAGGCAAAGGGCCUUGACCGGGUGAACGAGCGCAUGCCACCACGCAGGGUCGGCGCGCCCCCCACCACCACCACCGCCGCCGAGUCCCCCCCAACCCCCACCGAGCCCCCCCCCACCCUGCCCAGUGUCGUUGUCGCCACGGAGACCCCUGCGGGGGGGCACGAGGAAGGGGGGGAGGAGGGGCCCCCGGCAACCACGGGGGGAGCGACGGACGUGUGAGUCUG